AUGGCUGAAGUGUUUCGUGAUAGUCCUUUUGGCGAGGUGAAUGCAUGCGUCCCGAACACAGAUGACCCCGACACUCCCGUUAACACCCUCCGCAUGUGGGCAAUCGCAGUGUUCUUUACCCUCCUCGGCUCCGCAUCCAACAUGUUCUUCUCCCUGCGGUACCCCUCGAUCGCCUUGUCCGCAUUGAUCGCACAACUUCUCGCACACCCCUUGGGAAAGGCUUGGGCGGCAUACAUGCCACAUACAUCGAUACCGUUUGGCAUACCGGGUACUAGACUAUGUGCUUGGGUGAAAUUGAAUGAUGAAAGGGAUUGGAGUGCAAAGGAGGCUGCGUGUGUGUUCGUUGCUGGGAAUGUGUCAUUCGGGUGGGCUUAUGCUACCGAUGUCAUUGUUGAGCAAGUCAAGUUCUACGGUCAAGACUUUGGAGUGACGUACCAAAUCCUCCUCGUCCUUACCACACAGCUACUCGGCUACGCCUUCGCCGGUCUAACACGUCGCCUCCUCAUCACCCCUUCCAGCAUGGUCUGGCCAGCAACAUUGGUCAACACCUCCCUUUUCUCCGUCCUGCACAGCCAACAAUCGACCACGCGCUACCAUUUCUUCAAACUCACCUUUCUCAUCGCAUUCUUCUACUACUUCCUCCCGGGAUUCAUCUUCCCUGCCCUCUCCUGGUUCGGCUGGCCAAUCUGGAUAUGGCCGGAAAGUAAAGUCGUGAAUCAGGUCUUUGGGGUACGUACGGGGUUAGGGAUUGGUAUGAUUACGUGGGAUUGGGCACAGGUUGCGUAUGUGGGAAGUCCGUUGUUGAUGCCGUGGUGGGCACAGGCGAAUGUGUUGGGGAGUUUGGUGGCAUUUAUUUGGGUGCUUGCGCCGGUGUUAUAUUACUCGAAUGUGUGGUUCACAGCCUACCUACCUAUCUCAAGUCCGGAGGUGUUCGAUAACGCUGGGCAGCCGUACGACGUUACUCGUGUCAUCGCCCCGGACUUGACAUUCGACAAGGAAAAGUACGAAGCUUAUUCACCCCUAUACCUUCCUGCGACGUACGUCAUCACAUACGGGUUGAGCUUUGCGGCUCUUACAGCGUUAGUGGUGCACACCUGGCUCAACUAUCGCCAUGAUAUCUGGAAGCAGUGGAGGGCUGCUAGAGGGCAGGGCGAUGGAGAGGACGAUAUUCAUAGUCAGAUGAUGAAGAAGUAUCCCGAUGUUCCGGCGUGGUGGUAUGUGUUGCUUUUCGUGGUGUGUCUCGGAGGUGCGAUGUAUCUCUGUGAACAUUAUCCUGUUCAUCUACCGUGGUAUGGUGUGCUUUUUGCGGUGGGUUUGGGAGGAUUGCUGUUUGUCCCGAUUGGGAUCGUGACCGCGAUCGCCAAUCAGACGCCUUCACUGCUUCUGCUCAGUCAGGUUGUGUGCGGGUACUUGUUCCCCGGCAAGCCGGUGGCAAACAUGGUCUUUGUCUGUUUGUGCUACAUCACGAAUCAUCAGGGAAUCACUUUCUCCUCCGACAUGAAACUGGGCCAUUAUAUGAAAGUCCCGCCACGGGUCAUGAUGCUCGUACAAGUCGUCGCAACGGGUGUGGGGUCUUUGACACAGAUCUUCGUGAUGAACUGGAUGUUUGGGAAUAUCCGGGGCAUUUGCACUUUGGAGGCGGAGAACGGGUUCACGUGCCCCUUUGCUCGGGUGCAUUUCAAUGGAUCGAUGGUGUGGGGAUUAAUUGGACCUGAUCGGUUCUUCGGUCGGGGACAGAUGUACCACCCGCUCCUGUACUGCUUCUUGGCCGGAGCUUUCAUUCCGAUACCGAUUUACUACUUGACUAAGCGGUAUCCGACGAGUUUAUGGAGGUAUGUGCAUCCUGCUAUUAUCCUCGGAGGCACCUCUUGGAUUCCUCCGGCUACUGGUGUCAAUUAUUCGACGUGGGCUGUUGUUGGGUUUAUCUCUAACCGGAUCAUUCGUCGCCGUGCGGAGGGGUGGUGGUCGAAGUAUAACUUUGUUCUGUCUGCUGCUCUGGACUCCUCGCUGGCGCUGGGGGUGUUAGUGGUUUACUUUGCUGUCGUGUACCCCGGUAUAUCCGAUAAGUGGCAGUGGUGGGGCACAGAGGUGUUCAAGGAUACUUGUGAUUGGAGGGGGUGUGCAUGGAAGACUGUCGAGGCCGGUGAGAAAUUUGGAAGGAAGUUCUGGUGGUGA